AUGGAUUUAGAAAAAUUCAUAGGGGUUGCAUCCCAAUCCAUGCAGAUUGCUCCUUUUGAUAUUUGGUAUUACCCCGAUUACAACUUUAUUUCAAUUUACAACAAGUCAGUAACUACCAUUAACACGUACACUGGUGGACCAUUGCAACAAGCUGUCUCAGGAACAACGAUAUUGAAUCGUACCUGGUAUUCAGAAGGCAUUGGGCAAAAGUUUCAGACAUAUGCAUACGAGUACUUGAACGACGAUGAUGAUGGAUACUUGACAUGGUAUGUAGGGGAGGAUCCAACAGUAACAGUCGAGGCUGCAGCCUUGGGUCCUAAUGGAAACAUAGGUCGCAGAUUGAUGUCAAAGGAACCAAUGUCUAUGGUCAUGAAUUUUGGUAUUUCAAAUAGUUGGGCUCAAAUUGACUGGCUAUCAUUGACUUUUCCUCUUACUAUGAGUAUUGAUCAUGUCCGAUUAUAUCAACCAGAAGAUGCUAUCAAUUUAACCUGUGAUCCCGAUGAUUACCCAACCUAUAAUUACAUUCAAGCUCAUCCAGAAGCUUAUCAGAACAGUAACCUAACAUCUUGGGCAGACACAAAAUACGAUACUCCUAAAAAUUCUCUAGUUCAUGGAUGCUAG